AUGAGGAGACUGGCAAAAGGAGAAGGUGAUGUAGAGGAGAGAGGAAGAGCAGAGAUCCUCAUGUAUUACUGCUCGACAGGUGAUCAGGUGAUGCACACUGCAUUUGGAAGAGAUAUGGUCUGGUCCCGGGAGACAGAGGCGGAGCGGCCUCCGCUGUCCGUCAUCCUGCCGCGGCUCUACCUGGGAGCGGAGAGCGACGUGACGCAGGAGCGGCUGGCCUCUCUGGGUAUCUCCUAUGUGCUGAGUGUGAGCCGCUGCAGCCCCCAGCCCUCCUUUCUGCCUCACUCCAGAUACCUUCGCAUCCCCAUUGACGACUCCCUGUGGGACGACCUGUUGCCCUGGAUCCCACAGGCUCUGCACUUCAUCGAUGCAGCCAUGUCCUCUGGGGCCUCCGUGCUGGUCCACUGUGCAGCAGGAAUCUCCCGCUCCCCGGCUCUGGCUGUAGCUUACAUCAUGUACAGACUGGGAAUGGACCUGGACCACGCCUACAGGUUUGUGAAAGAGCGCCGGCCCUCCAUCUCCCCAAACUUCAACUUCCUGGGUCAGCUGCAGCACUUCCAGGGCACUCUGAGCCAGAAGGCCUCUGGUGGCGACGUCCUCCUCCAGCAGCUGGACAAUUGUCUGCCGUCCAUCAACGCUGGAGUUAACCACACGCAGAUCAGUCGCAACAUGAAUACUCCUGCCGUCAGUGCGACCAGCGAUUCAGCAGCGAUCAGGCAGACACAGAGAGAGAGUUCCUACCACACAGACAACACAACACAGCAGAGACUCUCACAUUCAGAUGGAAAUGGAAACCAGCAGGUUUCAGGUAAACUUCAGACUCUUCAUUUGACUCUUAAUCAAAGCCAGCAGCAGGUCCAGAUGCCAUUUGAGCUUCCAGCUCCAAGCCCCUUUGAGCCAGUCAAACCAGCAGCAAAGCCCAAUCAACUGCAACUCCCAGCAGGCUCUGCUUCUCUAUUAGAGAAACGAAAAAGCCUCAGCCUCUCUUUGACUCCUGUGGAAAUCAGCCAUCCCUCCUCAGCAAGCAGCAGCCAGCGAGCAAGGGGUACCCCCACGUCCAAAACCGUCCACAACAGGGAGACGGGAGAAAAGCCUGAGGCAAAGACACAGACGAACACUGGCUGCCACAGGCCGACAGAGGACACCUGCAGGGAGCAGAGCCCCCCCCACAGCAAGGGCAGCAGCACAGCAGAGGUUAAGGAGCAGGGCCUGCUGUCGCCGUUCAGCAUCACCCUCAACAAGCUACUUGGCUGGGGGGAGAGGGUGCUGCUGGGAGGGGUGUUUUUCCACCCUGUAAGGAUGGGACAGCCUGCACUGCCCUACAGGUGCUGAGGGUGCUGGAGGGGGAAAGAGCUGCUGGAGUGAAGGAUGCUGGUAGUGUUUGUUUGUGUCUGUGCAUGUUUGUCAAAUUGAACUAAAUCACACCAUGUGGUUCACACAUGCAGGAGGUAUUUUAUUUAUUUAUUUAUUCAUUUAUUUAUUGCAGAGCUGAAUAAAAGAACUAUACUUACAAUACAUAAUAAACCUCCACACAAAUGCAUCUUGUUUAUUACAUAUUGACAGUGGUCAGCUUAUCUUGACAUUUGUAAGAUCCUGUUAUUUAUUAAGACUUCUGGCACAAUGGCUUGAGAUGUAUUAACUGACAAUUAAAGAUGACGUUUAAACCCUUGUCUUAUUGCCGUUUAAUCAGUGUGUUUCAGGGCAGCACUUUUGAACAUUGUCAUCUGGUUUUUAGGUCUCCUCACUCUGAUAACCCCAGAAUUUAGAGAGCUACAACAGCUGAAACAAAUACCUGGUGCACAGGAGGACAGUAUCUUUUAUGACAGUUGCAUUUCUCACAACAUUUCCCUUCUAAUUGUUUCACUUAGUUCUGGUGGAACAAAAUCAAGCAUUCAUCUCAAAGACUGAG